UGCCCCGCCCCCCAUCUUUUUCAGCCUCAGGCGCCGGGGAGGUUCGGUUGACCUGCUGACUGGGAACCAGAAAUGGCAGCUACUCUGGGCAGCGGGGAGCGCUGGACGGAAGCUUACAUUGAUGCAGUUAGAAGAAACAAAUACCCAGAAGACAGACCUCCUGAAAGUCAUGAUCCCUGUGGUUGCUGUAACUGCAUGAAGGCGGAAAAGGAAAAGAAGUCUGAGAAUGAGUGGAAUCAGACCUGGCAGGGCGAGGGGAGUGCCACUUAUACUGAGGACCAGCUGCUUGGGGUACAAAGAAUCAAGAAAUGCAGAAAUUACUAUGAAAUUCUGGGAGUUUCUCGAGAUGCCAGUGAUGAAGAGCUUAAGAAAGCUUACCGAAAACUUGCCCUGAAAUUUCACCCUGACAAGAACUGUGCUCCGGGAGCAACAGAUGCUUUCAAAGCAAUAGGAAAUGCCUUUGCAGUUCUUAGCAAUCCGGACAAGAGACUGCGCUAUGAUGAAUAUGGAGAUGAACAAGUGACUUUCACUGCCCCUCGAGCCAGAUCUUAUCAUUAUUACAGGGACUUUGAAGCUGACAUCACUCCAGAAGAGUUAUUCAAUGUCUUCUUUGGAGGACAAUUUCCUACAGGAAAUAUUCAUAUGUUUUCAAACGUGACAGAUGAUACCCACUAUUACCGCCGGCGGCACCGACAUGAGAGGGUGCAGAAACGGAAGGAGGAGGAAGAAGAUAAACCUCAGACUACAUAUUCUGCAUUUAUUCAGUUACUUCCAGUUCUUGUGAUUGUGAUUAUAUCUGUUAUUACUCAGCUGCUAGCUACUAAUCCCCCAUACAGUCUAUUCUACAAAUCGACCAUGGGCUAUACCAUUUCUAGAGAAACCCAGAACCUGCAGGUGCCUUACUUUGUGGAUAAAAACUUUGACAAGGUCUACAGGGGAGCAUCUCUGCGUGAGCUGGAGAAGACAAUAGAGAAGGAUUACAUUGAUUACAUCCAGACGAGUUGUUGGAAGGAGAAACAACAAAAGUCCGAGCUGACCAAUUUGGCAGGAUUAUACAGAGAUGAACGAUUGAAAGAGAAAGCAGAGUCGCUGAAACUUGAAAACUGUGAAAAACUUUCCAAACUCAUUGGCCUACGCAGAGGUGGCUGAGAGGAUGAUAGUCCUACGCAGGGAUGGAAGAAAAAUUCCUGUUGGAAGGAGAUUCUGCAUGAAAACUGAUUUCCAGAGUGGAGUUUCUCCUUUCAGAUGCUCGGUCAUGAUUCAGACAGAUGUGUCUGGCACGGUUCAACAUGUGGACAUUCCACAGGGUCAGGAGAUGCCUCCAGAGGUAAAGGGUGGGGCUUUAGUGGCUGGUAGAGGACAACUGCUCAGCUGUGGGGAGGAGGAGCAGCUCCAGAUAUAGCCAGAUUUUGCUGCCCAACUAUGUCUAUCCUCCUGGAUUUGGAAGGCUUUCUUGUCUCCCUCUGAGUGACAGAGGGGAUUUACACAGUAAAAUGUGCCUGUGAGCCUAACAGGCUUAUAGAACAUUUUCCUUUGCACACCAAAAUCAAUGCUCUCCUCUCAGCCCCAACCCCUGCUAGAAAAUGGGCCAUAAAUUAAACUGACUUGACAGGUUAGAAGAACCUACUGUAGAUGCCCCUGAAGAGUGUGGCCACACGUUUUAUAGAUUUCAUGGCAGAUAUUAGUUAUCUGUGAUGAUACUAAAUAGAGGCAAUACUAACUCCAA